GAGAGAGAGAGUCAAUAGAGACCACGCGCAAGAGAGAAAGAAAGGUCUUUAGUCUUUUGUCUUCUUCUUCUCCAUCAUCAUCUCCAUUAUCUUCGCUCUUCACGAAUCUAGGGUUUUGUUUUCUCUCGCAACCCUAGAUUUGAUUUAUUCGAUCGUGUUAAUUCAUCCUUUAUCGUCUCUCUCUUAGCUCAUCAUCCGAUUUAAUCGCGAUUUUAAUGGAGGGAGUUGGAGAAACGACGUCGUCUGAGGGGCAUAUGAUAUCGGCAGCAGCGUUUGUGCAAGGGGGAAUACAAGAUGCUUGUGAUGAUGCUUGUAGCAUCUGUCUAGAAUCCUUCUGCGAAUCCGAUCCAUCUACUUUGACUAGUUGCAAGCAUGAGUAUCAUCUUCAAUGCAUUCUUGAGUGGUGUCAAAGGAGUUCGCAGUGCCCAAUGUGUUGGCAAUCAAUUAGUCUCAAAGACCCCACUAGUCAGGAACUGCUUGAGGGUGUUGUACAGGAGAGGAACUUCCGCAUCAGUCCACCUAGAAAUGCCACCAUUUUUCGUCAUCCUACUCUCGGUGAUUUUGAGUUACAACAUCUACCAGUGGGUGUAGAUAACGCAGAGAUUGAAGAACGAAUCAUUCAGCAUUUGGCUGCUGCUGCUGCUAUGGGAAGAGCAAGACAUGGGGUAAGAAGGGAAGGCCACAGAAGCAGGUCAUCAAGUCAAGGUGGUCAUCCACAGUUCAUGGUGUAUUCUCAGCAUCCUAAUGCCUCUCCUCCACCACAUCCUCCAAUGCCUUCCUCUCCAUCUCAGAGAGAUCAUGAGAGUGACACAGUUACAAACCUUCCUCACAAUACUACUGUAGUAGGGGAGGGUUCUCUUCAGUCAAACACAGUCACAAACCUUCCUCCUUCGGCAUCUGAUUCAAACAACAGGUCUCUUAAUCAAUCUUCCCCAAGUGAUCAAGAUAGAGCUGGACCAUCCGAUCUCCAAUCAUUUUCAGAAUCUUUAAAAUCUCGACUAAACUCUGUCUCAACUAGAUACAAAGAAUCGAUAUCAAAGAACACAAGGAGCUGGAAGGAUAGAUUCUUCUCUCGCAACACCUCCAUAGCAGAUCUUGGCUCUGAGGUUAAAAGAGAGGUCAGUGCUGGAAUCGCCACUGUGUCCCGGAUGAUGGAACGUCUAGAAACGAGAGAAAACACUAGUAGUAGUAGUAGACCUGGCAAUGCAUCUGUAUCAUCAAAUGGCUCAGAAAAUCACACUCAUGCUGAAGCAAACAAUGAGCAUAAUAGAAGAUCAGAAGCGGGUGAUGAACAUUCUUUGAAUGAAAGAGGUGUUAAAGGAACAUGUGCGGCUGGUUCUGGUUCUAGCUAA